AUGUCUUUCUUCCUGAAGAGUAUGGUCAGCAACCAGGUGAAGAACCUGGGUCUCGGCGGAGAGGAGAAGAGCGAGGACGCCGCCCCGGCUGACCCCGCCGCCGCCGCCGGAAUGACUCGGGAGGAGUACGAGGAGUACCAGAAGCAGCUGGUGGAGGAGAAGAUGCAAAGAGAUGCUGACUUCUUGCAUAAGAAAGCUGAGAGGGCAACUUUAAGGACAUGUUUAAGAGAAAAAUACAGGCUACCGAAGAGUGAGCAGGAUGAGAACAUGAUCCAGAUGGCAGGAGAUGAUGUGGAUGUGCCAGAGGAGCUGCUGAAGAUGGUUGACGAGGACGCCACAGAGGAGGAGGAGAAGGACUCCAUUUUUGGUCAGAUACAGAACCUUCAGAACAUGGACAUGGACCAGAUUAAGGAGAAGGCACAGGCCACCCUAACCGACAUGAAAACCAAGGCUGAGGAAAAGUGCUCCAUUAUGUAACACAAGAAACAGCUCCUGCCAGUCUCUGGAUGUCCUUUUCCCCUGGUUCAUGGGCAAUCAGUUAAGCCUGACAGUAUUUUUUUCCAGGCAGGUACUUCAAAAUAGCCAGCCUGGAUUUAACCUCUAAAUUGAUGUUUUAAUCCAUUAGGUUUUUGUAUAAAUUGUCUGAAUAAAAUGUUUAGAUUGUUUCUGCUUCUGUUAAUUUGAUCAUUCCUUUCCACAAAUAAAUAUAUGUUAAAUUUUACCCAUUGUAUAUGCAAACAGGUAAUGUUUCGACAGCAUGUAAUUGGCUUAUUGAUGUGACACCAUAAAGAAAUGUGUGAUGUGUGGUUGACAAUGACGGUGGCGCUGGUUCGCUUAAACAACAGAUCACUUUGAGAAAUCGCUGUUUCUUCUUUGUGAAGUUGGGUACACAGCAGAUCUGCCAAAUCUAUAGUACAUUACAGAGCUCUGAAUUAAAUGAUGAAUGUAAAAUCUGAAAAAGACAUCAAUUGAAAGGUCAUAUGUUCAAGCCAGUAGGACGUGCAUUAGCCUUUGCAAUGUGAAUGAUUGUGCCCAUUGUCCUUAAUAAAUUAAUUAAUUUGUGGAUCA